CCAUCAAGAUUGUGGCUCAAGCCUGCGACUGCUCAACAACAGAGGGGCCAGGGCCACCCGCGCCGUCAGCGAGCACCCAGGAACGAAGAGAGAGCGAUGUGCGCGUGCUUCUCCUGGUGCCUGCCCAGGAGGACCAGGCGCCACAGCGAGACCCCCUACGUCCGCCUGAGCCAUGCCGUGGCGGCGCCGAAGGUAAGCCAGGCCGUCACCACGGUGAAGUCCGACACGCUGGAGGUGACCGAAUACAUCUCGAGGAAGAAAGCCCUCAGCGACGCGAAGCUGUCGGCGGUGCUCGGCGUCGUCAGCGCCCCCACCGACGAGGAGCACUACGUCCCGGAGUUCGACGAGUACGUCAUGGUGAUCUCGGGGAUGGUCAACAUCCUCAACUCCGAGUCCGGGCGGGUGACGCUCACGGCGGGGCAGAGCUGCAGGCUGCCAGCCGGGGAGUCCAUCAAGUGGAGCUGGCCGGGCCCUUGCCAGUACGUGCACAUCCGCACGCCCGCCGUCACCGCCGAGUACCACGGCAGGGAGUCCCACAAGGCCCGGGAGGUGCUGCCCGGCUGCCAGAAGAUCGUGGCCACCGCCUCGGCCAACGGCUACGUGAAGGUGUGGGACACCGAGGUCAUGCAGGAGUUACGCACGCUGGAGGGCCACGCGGACCAGGUCAUGUCGGUCCGGUUCACGAAAGACGGCAGGAGAUUGGUGACGGCAUCCACGGACAGGACCGCCAAAAUUUGGGCCCUGCAGAGCGGAAAGUGCUUGCAGACCCUGGUGGGCCACAAGGGCCCCGUUUACUCCGCCUCGCUGUCUCCAGACACGGCGGACGUGGAGCUGGCAGUGACCGCGUCGCAGGAUCGAACCGCAAUGCUGUGGCACACGGAGGGCGACACGGGCACCUGCUUCUUGAUGCUGAGCGGGCACGAGAAGCAGGUGCACGACGCGGAGUUCUCCCCCCACGGCAGGCUCGUUGCCACGGCCUCCGACGACCGCACCGCUCGGCUCUGGGAGAUCCCGAGCGGCGCCUGCAUGCAGGUCCUGCGCGGCCACACGGAUGCCGUGUACUGUGCAGCCUUCUCCCCCGACGGGAGGUCCGUGGCGACGGCGUCGGCCGACAAGACCGCGAGACUCUGGGAGGCGGCCACCGGCGACUGCAUCAGAACGCUCAGCGGGCACACCAGCUGGGUGCGCCACGUCGCCUUCGACGAGGGCGGGACGCGCAUGGUCACCGCGUCCGGCGACAGCACCGCGCGGGUCUGGCUCUGCAGCGACGGGCAGUGCCAGCUCACGCUGACCGGCCACACGGGCUGGAUGCGCGGCGCGGAGUUCUCCGAGGACGGCGCCCAGAUUGCCACGUGCGCGAGGGACGGCACCACGCGCAUCUGGUGCGCCACCAGCGGGUGCUGCCUCCGAAGGCUGGAGCACGACGCCUGGGUGCGUUCGGCGGCCUUCGCCCCCGACCUGCUGGACCACGACGGGGGCACAGCGGGCGCCCCGCCGCGGUUCUUCGAGCGCGACGUGGCUGCGGCCCGCAACCGUCCGCGGCUGGGCUCGUCCGCCGCCCGAAAGCUUUCCGCUUAG